GCGGUGGAAGAUGAGUCCGAAGCCGAGAGACUCGGGAUCCCCGGCCAAGACCAAGGAGACCCAAAAGAGGAAGUCCUCUCCUCAGCAGGGCUCCAGCAGCCCGAAGAAGAAGGCUACCGGGGCGGCCAAGAAGGGAAAAGCAGCUCGUGGACGGAGAGGCGGGAAGAAACGGGCCGCGAGCAAGAUGGCGGCGGCGGCGGCGGCCCCUGAGGCGGGGAGCGGGCCAGCGGCCCCCGGCCCCAGUGACCAGCCCAGCCAGGAGCUCCCUCAGCACCAGCUGCCGGUGGAGGAGCCCGUGAGCGAGGGGAGCCAGCACGACACCCUGAGCCAGGAGACCCAGCUGAGCGAGGGGGCGGCCACCGACGCCACCAGCUCCCUGAGCGGCGACUAA